AUGCCCGAAGUUACUUCGACGGCCCCUUUGCCGUCCCGGAUAGCAUCGCUGGUCCAUUCACAUUUCGAUGCUCUGCCCAAUCGCAGUAAGCCAAGCAUCUUUCCAGAUGGCUCGAGGGAGUGGAUUCCAAUGACCGGGAUUGUUGCUGUCAAAGGUAUGUUGACCGGCGCAAAAUGCUUGUCCGCUUCUCAAGUCCCCCGCUGUCGAGGUCUGGUGCUCCAUGACUGCCACGCAGAGAUAUUGGCCUUCCGCGCCUUCAAUUACUGGCUUCUCACCGAAUGCCAUAGCUUUCUGGUUGAAGAGCUGGAGCACAAAUCCAAGUCCCCCGAAAGCUCCAGGUCAGAAAAUAGAAGCAAUUCAACAUCUCCAUUCAUCCGCAGAAAAAGAAGGUCAGAACAUCAAAAUCAUGCAUCAACCUCGUCAAUAGACUGGCCGCCUUUCGAGAUUCAGCCCGAUGUCAAGAUUUACAUGUACUGCACAUGUGCUCCCUGUGGUGAUGCAAGCAUGGAGCUCUGCAUGGCAUCUCAAGAAGACGCCACUCCAUGGGAGGUGAGACGCCAAAUCAACGUUGGCCCAGAUGCAGAAAGCGCCGUCGAGGAGAAUCUUCUCGACGGACGCGCCCAUUUCUCUCUUCUCGGUAUCGUUCGUCGAAAGCCAGCUCGCACGGAUGCAGAAUCUACACGAAGCAAGUCCUGCUCCGAUAAAAUUGCCCUGCGGCAGGUGUCUUCUCUCCUCUCGUGUGAAACCGCUCGUCUCGUUGCCCCCACGGCGAAUGCAUACUUGGCUGGAUUUAUUCUUCCCGAGGAUGAGAUCAGUCGCGUUGCGUGCGAUCGAGCGUUUGGAAAGAACGGCCGAAUGGCGGCUUUGGCGGGACGGUCGUGGCCUGACAUCAAUGAUUGCAAAGAGAGUGAAAUUGGAUUUCGGUUUCGACCGUUCGAUAUUCUUCCCGUGCCGGCCGAGGAGUUCCAGGUGCUAUGGCCGUUUGCAAAGCCCAAGCCUACAGAUUCUGAGUUCAUGCCUAAGAAGAGCAAGCCGGGGAACGCAAGUGCAGUGUGGACAGCAGCGCCGUCAUAUUUACAUUCGUGCGCGAUAACACCGGAUACUGGGAGCAAGACUUUGCCUGUAUUGCGCCGCUCCAGAACUGGGAUCUACGAAACCAUAAUAAAUGGUGUCAAGCAAGGGAACAAAGCAUCUGCGCCUGGCCCGCGGGGUGCGUCAUCACUAUCUAGAGCCAAGUUGUGGGCUCUACUCAUUGAUAUUAUCACCUUGAGAACAUGCCAUACUAGCCCAGAUUCCCUUGCGGACCAGAAGCAGACUUCAAAGGCUGUUACGGCUGAGCAGUAUUUUGGCACACCUUUGCGAACAAUUCAAUACGCCAACACGUAUGAAGACCUGAAACGGGCCGGAGGUCACUUGGAAGAUCCGGUUCGAGUCCGUGAAGAAGCCAUUCGAGGCGCUAAGGAAGUACUCAAGGGCUGGAUACCCAACACAGGUGACGAGAGCUGGGGGUUAGAUGUGCUGAGUGACCCUAAGAAGCGAAAGCGUUGA